AUGUUCUAUAGAGAUUAUGGUAGACGUGUUGGUUUUGAAGUGAUAAUUAGAACCACACAUAGGCGUGUGAAAACUAGAGAAAUUUGUUCGCGUUUAUAUAUAUGUCGAAAGGGUGGUCGAUUAGUACCCAAGUCUUUGGAUGAAGAUAUGGAUGUUCAAAAAAAGAGGAGAAAUAGGGAUUCUAUUGGUAGAACGGAUUGUACGGCGCGGAUGUACGUUGUUAAUAGGGAAAAAUUGAAGAAAUGGGAAGUGACAUUGGUCGAUUUGAAACACAAUCACACGAUGAUUUCAAAGGAUGAAGUGCAUUUUAUGCAAAGGCCAAGGAAUAUAACUCCCGUUAUUCAGGAAUUAAUUGUGACAUUGAAUAGAUCGGGUAUUGGGCCUUCAAAAACAUUAAAUGUGUUAGGGGAGUUAACGGGUGGGUUGGAGAAUAUUGGAUUUGGUAGUCAAGAUGUUCGGAAUGUAUUGCGUGAUAUUCAACAUUAUGUGUUCGAUUCGACUGAUGCUUCAGAGGGUUUGGCAUUACUUCGAGAAUUGAAAGGUAAUAGUCAAGGUGAAUUUUUCUAUAAAGUUGAUGUGGAUGAGGAAAAUCAUGUGCGGGCCAUGUUGUGGGUUGAUCCGAGAUCACUCAAUGCCUACCAAAAUUUCGGAGAUAUUGUUGUUUUUGACUCCACCUAUCGUACUAAUAGAAUCGGGGCUAUCGGGAACAAAGCUCCACAAACAAUCAUCACCGAUCAAGACAUUGCUAUUGGAAACGCAAUUGCCGAAGUUUUGCCGAACACAAAUCAUUUAUUUUGUACGUGGCAUAUAAGUACAAAAUUUGGUGAAAAAUUAUCGCAUUUAUAUGCAAAUCAUGAUCACUUCAAAGAAGAUUUUAACUCUUGCAUCUACAAGUCACUAACGGUUGCACAAUUCGAAGAUAGGUGGGAGGCAUUAGUUGAAAAAUAUGAUUUGAUGAACCAUUCUUGGUUACAAGAUAUGUACUCCGUUCGACACAAGUGGGUCCAUGUUUACACUAAACUUCACUUCACAACCGGGAUGACCACUACCUCUAGAAGUGAGUCGAUGAAUUCUUUCUUCGAUGAAUUUGUCAAUGCUAGUACCGGUUUGAAACAGUUCAUAGAGAAUUCACAAAAAGCAUUGGAGAAACAAUAUUUACGUGAAAGAGAGGCUGAUUAUGAAACAAAGAAUAAGGAAAGGUCCAAAAUAACAUCAUCAUCAUUGGAGAAUCAUGCGGCAUUUACUUACACGAAAGAAAUGUUCAGACGUUUUCAACACGAACUCAAAAAAAGUGGAGCUUAUGUUGUGAUUGAGAAAGAGAGCAAUGCAAUUUACAAGCAUUACGAAGCAUAUAAAACAACGGUUCCAGAGGAGUAUAGAAAAUAUUAUGUUUUGAUCGUCACCGAGAAUGGCACCAUAACUUGUGUUUGUCGAAAAUUUGAAAGUUCGGGAAUGUUUUGUCGUCAUAUUAUUCGAUACUUGUAUAAGAUGCAAUGGACAGAGAUUCCUAAGCAUACUCUAUGCAAAGCAUUCCAUGAUUUAGCAGCUCGUGGAAGUUGUUCAAUAGCGAGAUACAAUUAUCUCAUGGGUGUGAUUGAAAAAGAAUCGGAUUUUAUUGAAAAUUUUCCGAAUGAGGGUGUGAAAAAACGUGCGCGUGAGGAAGAUGAUGAUGCACAUGAGGAUGGGGAUCAACCAUAUGGCACUACGCCAUAA